AUGAGAGACUCUGUGAAUGUCGCGGAGAUACCCCCCAUUAUAGCUCAAUGGAUCGCUCAGGUGCGCAAACCGUCACACCACGGUAAGGUCCGUGGUUCGAACCCAACCUGGGCCUCUCGACUUCCCCUGUCUGUGCUUGGGCAACCUGGCAGUAUCCCAGCCCUCGUGCUCCCUUCAGGUGGCAUGGCAGCUAGGCACCGGAAGGGUGCUACAGCUGAACGCUUUCUUUCGUUUUCUUUCUAUCUCCUUGAUACCAAUUAUCACCGAUCGUUUCACCCUGGUCGAAGAUGUAUCGAGUGCAUGCUUACCUUGAGACAAGGCCUCGAAAGGUGCCAUUCUAUCAAACGUUCCGCACUGGUCGUUUUCCUUGAUCUGAAAUGCGCCUUUGACUGCCGACUGUCAGAGACUUUGGCGGUAUCUGGCAAUCAAAGGUGA